CUGUCUCUACAGACAGAUAUAACAUUUGUUUAGUAUUUAUUUUGUUGCUCCAUUCCUGUUAAUGUGUUAUGGCGGAGGUCAACAAUUGUAUCACCAUAGAUAGGUAUAUGGCUUGACCUUUUGAAAUCAAUUAUUUAAUUAAAUUCAUUAAAUAUUAGUAAACAAGGCUAAAUUUGUGCAAACUACUCGUUAAUUUUUUCAAGUUGAGUGUUGUGUUAAUAAAAUAAAUAAAUGUCUUUCUUGAAUUAUUCAUGGUUAUUCAGCUUUGCAACAUUUUGUAUUGGGAUAAUAUUUCUGGGAUACAAAUAUGUUACAAGAGAAUUUAACUACUGGAAAAAACGAGGCGUAUAUAAUUCAAAACCAAUUCCAUUUUUUGGCAGUCUUUACGAUGUUGCCACGUUUAAACUAACUUUAUUUGAGUUGCUAAAAAAGCUUUACGAUGAGACUGAAGAACCAUAUUUUGGAAUGUUUAUUUUUGAUAAACCAGUUUUGGUGAUUAAAUCACCUAAGUUAAUUAAAGACAUUUUGAUAAAAGAUUUUAACACGUUUUGUGAUAGAACCGUGGCUGAUGUUACCCAUCAUAAUCUUAUAUCGAAGUUUAUCUUUAUGCAAAAGCACCAAUCAUGGAAAUAUACAAGGGCAAAGAUGUCUGCAGUAUUUAGUUCCUCAAUGAUAAAAAGGUAUUUUACAAAUUUAGAGUUAAUAAAUAAGAAAUUUAUUGAACAUUUAGAAAAUAUGUCUGGUCCAGUGGAUGCUAAAUACAUAGCGGGUCAUUUCGGCACUGAAAUGAUUGCCCGUUGUUUUUUCGCAACUGAUCCACGCUGUUUUGAAAGAGAACCAUCGAGGUUCAGACAAUGUGUUCAUCGUAUAUUUGGAUUUAGUCUGAGGAACGGAAUUGUUCAGACUUUGUAUUUUUUUAUACCCAGUUUGGUAAAGGUUUUCAAAUUAAACCCUGUCGAAGAUUCAGUAAUGCGAUACUUGGAACAAACAUUUUUGGAAGCCAUGGACUGUAGAAAGGGAUAUAGCGGUAAACCGGUCAAUAUGGUUGAUGUUGUCAAUGAUUUAGAAAAGGCAUACAAUGGAAAUUUUCCUGAUCGGGAGCUGCUUAUAUCUAAUGCCAUCUUUUUAUUGGUAGCUGGACCAGAAACAACUAGUUCUAUAAUUUCUUUUGCCUUAUAUGAAUUGGCUCUACAACCAGAUAUACAAGAAAGACUAAGAAACGAAAUUAAAGACAAUUGCGAAAUUUAUAAAGGUUUCACUUACGAAGGGAUACAGAAAAAUAAAUAUUUAGAUAUGGUUGUUAAUGAAACUUUAAGAAAAUACGGCGUGUUACCAUUUAUUGAUAGAGAACCUAUUACUGACUAUCGCCUAGAGGGUACAGAUCUAGUCAUUGAAAAGGGAACGCCAGUGUACAUUCCCUUAUUUGCUUUGAUGAGGGACGCCAAAUACUUCCCCGACCCUGAACUGUUUGAUCCUGAAAGAUUUGCUGAUACAAAUUUUAACUCAGAUGGUUUGAUAUUUUUUCCAUUCGGAGAAGGGCCAAGAGCUUGCAUAGGUAAGCGCUUAGCACACUUAGCCAUUGCUGCAUGUUUGUCGCAUGUUCUAUUAAAAUUUAGUAUUGGGAAAUGCGAAACUACCCCUGAUCCAGUUGAAUUUGAACCGAAGUCUUUCACCAUACAAUCAAAAUGUGGACUUCCAAUAACAUUAACUCCAAUAUCAUAACAUUACGGACUUCUGAUAAAGUUAACUAGCCUUUUAUAAUAAUGUCACAAAUAUGUGUAAUUUUUAUACAAAAUUAUAAUUAAAUUGUCUACCCCACUAUUAUACCUAUCAUCGUCAAUGCAUAUUUUGAAAUUAUGUAUCAUGUGAAGUGAAAUUUUUUCUGCUACAAUCCUUAGCCCCCUUAGUUUCAUAGGAAUAUGAUUUAUUUUCCGAAUUCGAUGUUUUAAAGUGUCAUAUAAAUGUUCGAUCGGAUUUAUAUCUAUUCCGAUGGGUGAGUUGCCGGAAUUUAAUUAAAAAUGAAUAUAAUAAAACGAACGGUAAUUUUAUUGUUGUAACGAAAAUGUGUUUCGUUUAGGUCUCUCGGACGAAAGGGUGGAUGUUAGCGACGACCAGACCCGAUGCGUUUGCCUGCCGAGUUGUUACUGAAGAAAAAAACCACAAACGAUAAUAUGUUUGUGUUCCUCUGACCAGCUGUCAAAUAAAUCACUAGGUCUGGCGUACACUUUUGCAGUUUUAAGAAAAACAAUUUCAACUGCAUUAAGUGAGUUGUUGACACAAUAAUUGUCUGAUAAAGUACUUAAUUAAUGAGGGUGCAGCUUGUUGCACCGCACAGACGAAAAACAGAUGUGACAGGGUAAAGCCAUGUCUCUUAACAUUUGUAUUUAAAUGUGCAUUUCGAAUGACUAAGUUGUUUCGCUUUUGAAAAAAAUAUUAAAAUUAAAAUUAGCGAAAAUAGUAAUUAAAGCGUAUCGCUAUAUAUCUGAUAUGGGCUAUAUAUGGUGGUCAAUAUAUCAAGUAUUGGAAGCAUUUGAAAUUUGGACAUAUCGAAGAAUGCUGAGAAUCUCCUGGACAGACAGAAUAACCAAUGAAGAAGUAUCAAGGAAAAUGGAGAACAGCAGGGAGAUACUGGAUUCCAUCAAAAUAUGGAAACUGCAAUACUUGGGUCAUACAUGAACGUGGUGACAGAUAUGAACUCCUAAAAUUAAUAUUGCAGGGAAAGAUUCAAGGAAGGUGCAUCAUAGGUAAAAGAAAAAUGUCCUGACUGAGAAACCUUAGAGAAUGGUUUGGAAGCAGCUAAACUGAACUCUUUCGGGCUGUAGUGUCAAAAGUUAGAAUAGAAAUGAUGAUUGUCAACCUUCGUCGCGGAGAUCGCACGUAAAGAAGAAGCAACAAGCAACGUAAGGACGUGCGUUAAUAUAUCUGGCAAAUGACAAAACAUGAUGUCGGGUGUCAUUCACCCAAUCAUGUCCACAAGUUUGAUAUGUCCUUUCCAAGAAAUACCCUAUAUUUCUAUGAUACCGAAGGGGGGAGGGGGCUAAGAAUUUCAGCAUAAAAUAUUUCACUUCACAUGAUAAUUUCAAAAUAUAUGCAAUAUUUUUGCUCAUGAGUGUAUAUUGUAUAACACUACAAAAUUUUGUUAAAAUGUCAGGAAUGUGGUCUGCGGCUUAAAUUAAAGUUUUGAAAUUCGAACUUCAAAAACGUCAAAACUAUGUACAGAAUGAAGAGUUCCCAAUUACAUAGGCUCGGAUCAGUGUUUAAUUAUUUGAAAGAAAACGAAACAUUUCCUAAAUCAAAAUCUGCAUGAGGACAGAUCUUAUCCAACAAGAAGACAUAUUAUUAUAUUCUUAACCUUCCGUUACUCGCGCCAAUUUCUUGUGAUCGAAUACUCGCGCACGGUGCAGAAGACCGAGUCCAAAAAUAUGGGUCAGCAAUAUUUAAAAUUUUUUGUUUUUUUGCAAAAUUGUGUACAAUUAUAUUAUUUAAUGAAUAUAUUAUCACAAAAUUUUGUA